GUACGCACAAAAAAUAACAAGUCACACACCCUGCCAUCUCCAGAAUCUGCUGCACAGUGACUGACAGCUCCCAGAGGCCAAGAUGGGUGAUGCAGUGAUGGCAGAGUUUGGUGCGGCUGCUCCGUUUCUGAGAAAGUCAGAUAAAGAGCGUCUAGAAGCUCAGACACGACACUUUGAUUUGAAGAAAGACAUAUUUGUUCCAGAUGAAAAGGAUGAGUAUGUGAAAGCCAAAGUGGUAUCUAAGGAAGGGGAAAAGAUUACAGCGGAGACUGAGAAUGGCAAGACAGUCACAGUGAAAGACAGUUCGGUGAUGCAGCAGAACCCGCCCAAGUUUGAUAAAAUUGAAGACAUGGCGAUGUUGACUUUCCUGAACGAGCCAGCUGUACUGUAUAACCUCAAAGAGCGCUAUGCAGCCUGGAUGAUCUAUACAUACUCAGGCCUGUUCUGUGUCACCGUGAACCCUUACAAGUGGCUCCCUGUGUAUAAUGCAGAGGUUGUGGCUGCUUAUCGUGGGAAGAAGAGGAGUGAAGCUCCACCUCAUAUCUUCUCCAUCUCUGACAGUGCAUAUCAGAACAUGCUGACAGAUCGGGAGAAUCAGUCUAUCCUUAUCACUGGAGAAUCUGGUGCUGGGAAGACUGUGAACACUAAACGUGUCAUCCAGUACUUUGCAGUCAUUGCUGCCAUAGGCGAUCGCAAAAAAGACACAGGCCCAACAGGCAAGGGAACGCUGGAGGAUCAAAUCAUCCAGGCAAACCCUGCUUUAGAGGCCUUUGGUAAUGCCAAAACUCUCCGGAAUGACAACUCGUCACGAUUUGGAAAAUUCAUCCGUAUCCACUUUGGUGCCUCUGGGAAAUUAGCGUCUGCUGAUAUAGAGACCUACCUUCUGGAGAAGUCACGCUGUACCUUCCAAUUGAGAUCAGAGCGGGAUUACCAUAUCUUUUAUCAGAUUUUGUCCAAUAAAAAGCCAGAGCUUCUUGAUAUGAUGUUGAUCACUAAUAAUCCUUAUGACUAUGCCUACAUCUCACAGGGAGAAACAACUGUGGCCUCAAUUGAUGAUGCAGAAGAGCUUUUAGCAACUGAUAGCGCUUUUGAUGUCUUGGGCUUUACUCAAGAUGAGAAGAAUUCAAUCUACAAGCUGACUGGAGCCAUUAUGCACUUUGGGAACAUGAGAUUUAAGCAGAAGCAAAGAGAGGAACAAGCUGAGCCAGAUGGCACAGAGGAGGCUGAUAAAGCUGCCUAUCUUAUGGGUCUGAACUCAGCGGACUUGCUGAAGGGCUUGUGUCACCCCCGCGUCAAGGUGGGGAAUGAAUAUGUCACCAAGGGGCAAAAUGUCCAGCAGGUUUAUUAUGCCAUAGGUGCUCUGGCCAAGUCAGUCUAUGAGAAGAUGUUCAUGUGGAUGGUGGUCAGAAUUAACACCACACUGGAGACCAAACAGCCUAGACAAUACUUCAUAGGAGUGUUGGACAUUGCAGGAUUCGAGAUCUUUGAUUUUAACAGUUUUGAGCAGCUCUGCAUUAACUUCACUAAUGAGAAGUUGCAGCAGUUCUUCAAUCACCACAUGUUUGUGCUGGAACAAGAAGAGUACAAGAAGGAAGGCAUCGAGUGGGAAUUUAUAGACUUCGGGAUGGACCUACAGGCCUGCAUUGAUCUCAUUGAGAAGCCAAUGGGUAUAAUGUCCAUCCUGGAAGAAGAAUGCAUGUUCCCAAAGGCCUCAGAUAUGACUUUCAAGGCAAAACUAUAUGAUAAUCAUUUGGGGAAGAGCAGUAAUUUCCAGAAACCCAGGAAUAUCAAGGGAAAGCCAGAGGCUCAUUUUGCCCUGAUGCACUAUGCCGGCACUGUGGACUAUAACAUCAACGGCUGGUUGGAGAAAAACAAGGACCCACUUAAUGAGACUGUGGUGGGGUUGUACCAGAAGUCUGCUCUUAAACUACUGGCUCUGCUGUUUGCCAACUACGCCGCCUCUGAUGCAGACCACACUGGAAAAGGGAAGGGCAGUAAGAAGAAAGGGUCCUCAUUCCAAACCGUUUCAGCUUUACAUCGGGAGAACCUCAACAAAUUAAUGACCAAUCUGCGUUCUACACACCCGCACUUUGUACGCUGCAUCAUCCCAAAUGAGACUAAGGCUCCAGGUGUGAUGGAUAACCGAUUGGUGAUGCAUCAGUUACGUUGUAACGGUGUACUGGAAGGUAUCCGAAUCUGCAGAAAGGGUUUCCCCAAUCGUAUCCUGUAUGGAGACUUCAGACAGCGGUAUCGAAUCCUGAACCCUGCCGCUAUACCAGAGGGAAAAUUUAUAGACAGCAAGAAAGGGGCAGAGAAACUCCUGGCCUCACUUGGAAUUGAUCAAACUCAGUACAAGUUUGGACACACCAAGGUAUUCUUUAAAGCUGGACUGUUGGGUCAGUUGGAGGAGAUGCGAGAUGAACGCUUGUCCAGGAUAAUCACACGCAUUCAAGCACAGUCCAGGGGUGUUCUAUCUAGAAUAGAAUUCAAGAAAAUUGUGGAACGCAGAGAUGCUCUCCUGGUGAUCCAGUGGAACAUCCGCGCAUUCAUGGGUGUCAAGAAUUGGCCUUGGAUGAAACUUUAUUUUAAGAUAAAGCCUUUACUGAAGAGCGCAGAGACUGAGAAGGAAAUGCAGACCAUGAAGGAGGAGUUCCAGAAACUCAAAGAAGCUCUGGAGAAGUCUGAGGCAAGACGUAAGGAGCUGGAGGAGAAAAUGGUUUCUUUACUGCAGGAGAAGAAUGAUCUGCAGCUACAAGUACAGACUGAGCAAGACAAUCUGGCAGAUGCUGAGGAACGAUGUGACCAACUGAUUAAGAAUAAGAUUCAACUGGAGGCUAAGCUAAAGGAGCAGGUAGAAAGACUUGAAGAUGAGGAGGAAAUGAAUGCUGAGCUGACUGCCAAGAAGAGGAAGCUGGAGGAUGAGUGUUCUGAGCUAAAGAAAGACAUUGAUGACCUGGAACUAACACUUGCAAAGGUGGAGAAAGAGAAGCACGCUACAGAGAAUAAGGUUAAAAACCUGACUGAAGAGAUGGCUGGUCUGGAUGAAAUCAUUGUCAGGCUAACCAAGGAAAAGAAGGCUCUUCAGGAAGCCCAUCAACAGACUCUGGAUGACCUCCAGGCAGAAGAGGAUAAGGUCAAUGUGCUUACCAAAGCUAAAGCUAAGCUUGAGCAGCAGGUGGAUGAUCUCGAGGGAUCUCUGGAGCAGGAGAAGAAAGUUAGAUUGGACCUGGAAAGAGUGAAGAGGAAGUUGGAAGGAGAUCUGAAGCUGUCACAGGAAAGUCUUAUGGACCUGGAAAAUGACAAGCAACAACUAGAUGAAAAGCUAAAAAAGAAAGACUUUGAGAUGAGUCAGUUGAAUGCAAAGAUUGAGGAUGAACAAAACAUGAGUGCUCAAAUCCAGAAAAAAAUGAAAGAGUUACAGGCUCGUAUUGAAGAACUGGAGGAAGAAUUAGAAGCAGAACGGACAGCUCGAGCUAAAGUUGAGAAGCUUCGCUCUGACCUAUCAAGAGAGUUGGAGGAGAUCAGUGAGCGCCUGGAGGAGGCCGGCGGAGCCACCUCUGUUCAACUGGAGCUCAACAAGAAAAGAGAGGCUGAGUUCCUAAAACUCAGGAGAGACCUGGAGGAAUCCACUCUGCAUUCAGAGGCCACAGCUGCCGCUCUGAGGAAGAAGCAUGCAGACUCUGUGGCAGAGCUAAGUGAGCAGAUAGACAAUCUCCAGAGAGUCAAACAGAAGCUGGAGAAAGAGAAGAGCGAAUUCAAACUGGAAUUGGAUGAUGUGUCAUCCAAUAUGGAGCAGGUUGUGAAAGCCAAGGCAAACCUGGAGAAGUUAUGCCGCACAUUAGAAGAUCAGGUAAAUGAGCAUCGCUCCAAAUCAGAAGAGACACAGAGAGCAGUGAAUGACCUUUCCACCCAGCGUGCCAAGCUUCAGACUGAAAAUGGGGAAUUAUCACGCCGUCUGGAUGAAAAAGAGUCAUUAGUGACACAGCUGACACGUGGCAAACAAACUUACACCCAGCAAUUGGAAGACUUGAAGAGACAGCUGGAGGAGGAAUCCAAGGCUAAAAACGCCCUGGCCCAUGCCCUGCAGUCUGCCCGCCACGAUUGUGAUCUCCUAAGGGAACAGUAUGAAGAAGAGCAAGAGGCCAAGGGAGAGCUGCAACGGGUGUUAUCUAAAGCCAAUUCUGAGGUGGCCCAAUGGAGAACAAAGUAUGAGACGGAUGCCAUCCAGAGAACUGAGGAGUUAGAGGAGGCCAAGAAGAAGUUGGCUCAGAGAUUGCAGGAUGCAGAAGAAGCUGUAGAAGCUGUAAAUGCCAAGUGUUCUUCCUUGGAAAAGACCAAGCACCGUCUGCAGAAUGAGAUUGAGGAUCUGAUGGUGGACGUUGAGAGGUCAAAUGCAGCAGCAGCCGCACUGGAUAAAAAGCAGAGAAACUUUGACAAGAUCCUUGCUGAGUGGAAACAGAAGUUUGAGGAGUCCCAGACAGAGCUGGAGUCAUCUCAGAAAGAAGCUCGUUCACUGAGCACCGAGCUCUUUAAGUUAAAGAAUGCAUACGAGGAGUCUCUGGACCAUCUGGAGACUUUUAAGAGAGAGAACAAGAAUUUACAGGAGGAAAUCGCGGACCUGACAGAACAGCUGGCAGAGGGUGGAAAGAGCAUUCAUGAACUAGAGAAGACCCGGAAACAGCUGGAGCAGGAGAAGAUAGAGCUUCAGUCUGCUUUGGAAGAAGCUGAGGCAUCUCUGGAACAUGAAGAGGGCAAGAUUCUGCAUAUCCAACUGGAGUUGCAUCAAGUGAAAGCGGACUUUGAGCGCAAAUUGUCUGAGAAGGAUGAAGAGAUGGAACAGGCCAAGAGAAACCACCAGAGAGUGGUUGACUCAUUGCAGACAUCACUUGAGGCUGAAACCAGGAGCCGCAAUGAAGCCAUGAGAAUUAAAAAGAAAAUGGAGGGCGAUCUAAAUGAGAUGGAGGUCCAGCUCAGCCAGGCGAACCGUGUUGCUGUUGAAGCACAAAAACAACUCAAAAUAUUGCAAGGUCAUCUGAAGGAUACGCAAAUCCAGCUGGAUGAUGCAGUGAGAGUGAAUGAGGAGCUAAAAGAGAACAUUGCCAUUGUGGAGAGGAGGAAUAAUUUGCUUCAAGCUGAGCUGGAGGAGCUGAGGUCCUUGGUGGAGCAGACAGAGAGAGCGCGCAAACUUGCCGAGCAAGAGCUUAUAGAGACCAGUGAGAGAGUGCAACUCCUCCAUUCCCAGAACACCAGCCUAAUAAACCAGAAGAAGAAGAUGGAGUCUGACCUUUCUCAGCUGCAGACUGAGGUGGAGGAGGCCGUGCAGGAAUGUCGCAAUGCAGAAGAGAAAGCGAAAAAAGCCAUCACUGAUGCUGCCAUGAUGGCUGAGGAGCUGAAGAAAGAGCAGGACACAAGUGCUCAUCUGGAGAGGAUGAAAAAGAACAUGGAACAAACAAUCAAGGAUCUGCAGCAGCGGCUGGACGAGGCAGAGCAGAUUGCCUUGAAAGGAGGGAAGAAACAGCUACAGAAGUUGGAGGCUCGAGUCCGAGAAUUGGAUGGAGAGUUGGAGAUAGAGCAGAAGAGAAAUGCAGAGUCUGUAAAAGGCAUGAGAAAGUACGAGAGACGUAUAAAAGAGCUCACAUAUCAGACUGAGGAAGACAGGAAGAACUUGGCUCGUCUUCAGGACCUUGUAGAUAAGCUCCAGCUCAAAGUAAAGGCUUAUAAAAGACAAGCAGAGGAGUCGGAGGAACAGGCCAACACUAACCUUUCCAAGUUCCGGAAGGUUCAGCAUGAGCUGGAUGAGGCAGAGGAACGAGCGGACAUUGCAGAGUCUCAGGUCAACAAGUAUAGAGCAAAGACCCGGGAUGUAGGAAGCAAGAAAAGUCUGAAUGAGGAGUAACUGUCAACAUUGCUGACCUUUCUCUGUAGAACGCUGUGUCCAAGACACUGGCCCCCCCCUUAUGUGUUUCCCAUGUACAAUAAAGAAUUGAACUUGU